CACACCACCCGACUUCUCCUGCACACCGACCCGCCGCGGACAUGCCCGCCACGGAGAAGGACCUGGCGGACGACGCGCCGUGGAAGAAGAUCCAGCAGAACACCUUUACGCGUUGGUGCAACGAGCACCUGAAGUGCGUCAACAAGCGGAUCGCGGACCUGCAGCUGGACCUGAGCGACGGCCUGCGGCUCAUCGGCCUGCUGGAGGUGCUGAGCCAGAAGAAGAUGUACCGCAAGUACCACGUCAGGCCCACCUUCCGACAGAUGAAGCUGGAGAACGUGUCGGUGGCCCUGGAGUUCCUGGAGCGGGAGAACAUCAAGCUGGUCUCCAUAGACUCUAAAGCUAUCGUGGAUGGGAACCUGAAACUGAUCCUGGGUCUGGUAUGGACUCUGAUCCUGCACUACUCGAUCUCCAUGCCGGUGUGGGAGGACGAGGAUGGCGAUGAGGCAGAGAAGAAGACGCCUAAGCAGCGUCUGCUGGGCUGGAUUCAAAAUAAGGUCCCCGACCUGCCGAUCACCAACUUCAGCCAAGACUGGAGAGACGGCAAGGCUCUGGGAGCCCUGGUGGACAGCUGUGCCCCUGGUCUGUGUCCGGACUGGGAGACGUGGGACAGCGUGAAGCCGGUGGAGAACGCCAGUGAAGCCAUGCAGCUCGCCGACGACUGGCUGGGAAUACCACAGGUGAUAGCUCCGGAGGAGAUCAUAGAUCCCAGUGUGGAUGAACAGUCGGUGAUGACGUAUCUCUCCCAGUUCCCCAAAGCCAAACUCAAACCCGGAGCUCCGCUCAAACCCAAACUCAACCCCAAGAAAGCCCGCGCCUACGGACCAGGUAUCGAACCUACGGGGAACCGUGUCCUGCGGCCAGCAGUCUUCACCGUGGACACCUUCAGUGCGGGUCAGGGUCAGGUGACCGUCUACGUGCAGGACCCAGAGGGCAGGAGAGAGGAGGUGAAGGCGGUGCCCAACGAGGGGAAGAAGACGUACAGCGUCACCUACGUCCCCCAGGUCACAGGCCCUCACAAGGUGACGGUGCUGUUUGCGGGCCAGCAGAUCCCCAAGAGUCCAUUCGAAGUGAGCGUGGACAAAGCCCUGGGCGACGCCACCAAGGUCACGGCCAAAGGGCCGGGAAUCGAACCGGCGGGCAACAUCGCCAACAAACCCACCUACUUCGAUAUCUACACCGCAGGAGCCGGGGUGGGCGAUGUGACGGCCGUGAUCCGGGACCCGCAGGGCCGCCAGAACAGCGUGGAGGUGAUGAUGGAGGACAAGGGCGACGGUGUUUACCGGUGCUCCUACAAACCCACCCAGGCAGGACCGCAUGCUGUGGCUGUCAUGUUCGGAGGGGUGGGAGUCCCCAGAAGCCCCUUCGGUGUCGACGUAGGACCUGCCUCUGUCCCGGGGGCGUGCAGGGCGACAGGUAGGGGUCUGCAGCCGACGGGGAUGAGGGUGAGGCAGGUGGCUGACUUCAAGGUGGACACCAGAAACGCCGGCAGCGGAGAGCUGAAGGUGUUCGUCAAAGGACCGAAGGGUCUAGAGGAGCCAGUAAAACGGAUACCCUGUCAGGACGGUGUGUUUUCCUACGAGUAUUACCCCAACAGCAUUGGCAGAUAUACCGUCUCCAUUACCUGGGGUGGACAGCACAUACCCAAGAGUCCAUUUGAGGUGAAUGUAGGUCCAGAGGCGGGCCCGCAGCAGAUCCGGGCCUGGGGACCGGGUCUGGAGGGAGGCGUCGUUGGCAAAUCAGCCGACUUCAUUGUGGAGUCCGUGGGUGCCGACGUUGGAGUGCUGGGCUUUGCCAUCGAGGGUCCAUCCCAGGCCAAGAUCGAAUGCGAGGACCAGAACGACGGGUCAUGUGACGUGCGCUACUGGCCGACCGAGGCGGGCGAGUACGCCGUUCAUGUCACGUGCGAUGACGAGGACAUCGAACACAGUCCCUUCAUGGCCUACAUCAUCCCCGAUAACCACUCCAGCAACCCCGCCAUGGUUGAGGCAUAUGGACCAGGUCUAGAGAAGACUGGCUGCGUGAUCAGCCAGCCAGCCGAGUUCACCGUCAACGCUAAGGAUGCUGGGCAAGGGCCUCUGAAAAUCUCAGCUCAGGAUGCAGAAGGAGCCCCGGUAGAUGUGAAGGUGAGGAAUAAGGGAGAUGGAGUCUACUCCUGCUCCUACACCCCCACCUCCCCCCUCAAACACACCGUGGCCAUCACCUGGGGAGGCACCAGCGUUCCCAACAGCCCCUUCAGGGUGAACAUCGGUAAGGGCAGCCAUCCCAACAUGGUGAAGGUGUUCGGUCCCGGAGUGGAGAGGACCGGUCUGAAGGCCAACGAACCCACACACUUCACCGUGGACUGCACGGGGGCUGGGGAAGGUGAGGUCAGUGUUGGGAUAAAGUGUGACGCAAAUAUGAUCAGUGAAAAUGAAGAGGAUGUGGAUUUUGACAUCAUUCCAAACCCCAACGACACCAUCACAGUCAAGUACAUCCCACCUGCUGCAGGAAGACUCACUGUGAAAGUCCUGUUUACUGACCAGGAGGUCCCACAGAGUCCCUUCCGGGUCAAAGUUGAACCUUCCCAUGAUGCCUCAAAGGUCAAGGCAGAGGGACCUGGACUGGCUCGCACUGGUGUGGAGAGUGGCAAGCCGACACACUUCACGGUGUACACAAAAGGAGCCGGUAAAGCCCCGUUGGACGUGUCCUUUUCAGGCUCCGUGGUUCAGGACUUUGACAUCAUCGACAACUACGACUACUCUCACACUGUCAAAUACACACCUACUCAACAGGGUGAGAUGCAGAUCGUGGUGACGUUUGGAGGAGACCCCGUCCCCAAGACCCCCUUCACGGUUGGGGUGGCGGCUCCGUUGGACCUCAGCAAAGUCACAGUAGAAGAUCUGAAUGGAAGAGUAGAGGUUGGACAGGCGCAGGCAUUUGUCGUGGACACCAAGGGUGCAGGAGGUCAGGGCCACCUUGACGUGUCACUGCUGAGUCCCAGCCGGCAGGCGGUGGCAUGCACGGUGGAGCCCCAGCCCAGAAAGGCUGACUGCAGCCUUGUGCGCUACACCCCGACUGAGGAGGGCGUCUACGCCGUCAGUGUCAACUACGAUGGACACCCUGUCCCAGGGAGCCCUUUCCCUGUGGAGGCCCAGUUACCUCCAGACCCCAGCAAGGUGAAGGCGUUCGGUCCAGGACUGACGGGUGGUUUGGUGGGAAAUCCUGCAGAGUUUACAAUCGACACCAAAGGAGCUGGUACCGGGGGUCUGGGGCUGACGGUGGAGGGGCCAACCGAGGCCAAAAUUGAGUGCUCAGACAACGGCGACGGGACCUGCUCCGUGUCCUACCUGCCCACAGAACCGGGAGACUACCUGGUCAACAUCCUGUUUGAGGAUGUUCACAUUCCUGGCUCACCAUUCAGAGCUGACAUCCAGAUGCCCUUUGACCCCUCCAAGGUGGUGGCUUCUGGGUCAGGCCUAAAGAGAGCCAAGGUUGGUGAGACCAGCGUGGUGAAUGUGGACUGUUCUCGAGCCGGACCGGGUCAGCUGAGCUUCGAGGCAGUGCCAGACUCGCUUUCCGGUCCGACUGGUUCUGGACCUGGUGUGAAGGCCAGAACGGAGGUGGUGGAUAACAAAGACGGGACGUAUGCUGUGACUUAUGUCCCCUUGACUGCCGGUGUUUACACCCUGCUGCUCAAGUACGGCGGCAAGGCAACGCCCGGUUUCCCUGCCAAGGUCACAGUGGAUCCAGCUGUCGACACCUCCAAGGUCAAGGUGUUCGGGCCUGGCGUGGAGGGACAGGCAGUUUUCAGAGAAGCUACUACAGAAUUCACGGUGGACGCCCGUCCUCUGAGCCGACGAGGAGGAGACCACGUCAAGGCGGAGGUCAGGAACCCGUCUGGAACGCCGACAGACUGUCAGGUCAAAGACAACGCUGACGGGACCUACAGCGUGGAAUACACUCCAUGUGAGACGGGUGUCCACAGUGUUCAGGUGUUGUACGAUGACACUUCCGUCCCCAAGAGUCCGUUCCGGGUUUCAGUCUCCGAGGGAUGCGCCCCCAGCAGGGUGGUGGCUACCGGCGCCGGUCUGGAGCAAGCGCUGACGGACAAACCCAACCACUUCAACAUCAUCACGAGAGGGGCCGGUAUCGGUGGUCUGGGCAUUACAGUGGAGGGUCCAUCAGAGUCCAAGAUGUCUUGUAAAGACAACAAAGAUGGCAGCUGCAGCGUGGAGUACGUACCCUUCACGCCCGGACUCUACGAUGUCAACAUCACGUAUGGAGGACAACACAUUCCCGGCAGUCCAUUCAAGGUCCCGGUGAAGGAUGUAGUUGACUCAAGCAAGGUCAAGGUGUCCGGUCCCGGCGUUGGGUCGGGGGUCAGGGCUAAUAUCCCACAAUCCUUCACUGUCGACUGCAGCAGGGCAGGCGUGGCCCCGCUGGCCGUGGCUGUCACCGGUCCCAAAGGUCUUGCUGAGCCCGUGGAUGUUAAGGACAAUGGGGAUGGUACUCACACAGUGACCUACACCCCGUCUCUGGAGGGGCCGUACUCGGUAGCAGUCCGAUACGCAGACCAAGAAGUCCCACGCAGUCCCUUUAAGUUCAGGGUUCUGCCGACUCACGAUGCCAGUAAAGUCCGGGCCAGUGGUCCCGGUCUCACCACAGGCGUUCCAGCGAGUUUCCCUGUGGAGUUCACCAUUGACGCCAAAGAUGCUGGACAGGGGCAGCUGUCAGUGCUCAUCACCGACCUGGACGGCAAGCCCAAGCGAACCAGUAUCCAUGACAACGGAGACGGGACGUACCGCGUGUCAUACGUGCCGGAUAAGGUGGGCCGGUACACCAUCGUGAUAAAAUACGGCGGCGAUGAAAUCCCUGCCUCGCCCUACCGGGUCAGAGCCACGGCCACCGGAGACGCCAGCAAGUGUACCGUCAGCGGUCCCGGCGUCGGCCCCACGGUCACCAUCGGCGAGGAGCUCGGCCUGGUGGUGAACGCAAAGUCUGCCGGGAAGGGGAAGGUGAGCUGCGUGGUGGUGCAGCCCGACGGCAGUGAGGUGGAGGCCGAGGUUCUGGAAAACGAGGACGGCACCUUCGACAUCUUCUACACCGCCCCGGCCCCCGGGAACUACGUCAUCUACGUCCGCUUCGGAGGCGAGAACGUCCCGCGCAGUCCCUUCAAAGUCACGGCUACUGAUGAGGUUGUUCCCAUGAUGCAACAGCAGACAUCUCUACAGCAACUGGCUCCUCCCCCUGGAGCUGGCUUCCAGCCCUGGGUGACAGCAGAUAGUGGCUUCCAGCCUGUCGGCAGUGUGAAUGGAACAGGCUUCAGACCGUUUGACAUGGUCAUCCCCUUCUCCCUCAGAAAGGGAGACAUCACGGGUGAGGUCCGUAUGCCGUCCGGUAGAACAGCCCAGCCUCUGAUCACUGAUAACCUGGAUGGGACGGUCACAGUGCAGUAUUCCCCUACUGAGGCCGGUCUACACGAGAUGCACAUUAAAUACAAUGGCAGCCACAUCCCUGAGUCUCCUCUCCAGUUCUAUGUAAACCAGGCAGGAACUCCCAAUGUGACGGCCUAUGGUCCUGGACUGGUCUAUGGUGUGGCCAACAAGAUCGCCACCUUCACCAUCCUCACUGAAGACGCCGCCGAGGGCGGUCUUGACCUGGCUAUCGAGGGUCCAUCUAAAGCAGAGAUCAGCUGUCUGGACAACAAGGAUGGCACCUGUACGGUGACCUACCUGCCCAUUCUGCCCGGGGAUUACAACAUCCUGGUCAGAUACAAUGACAAGCACAUCGCCGGGAGCCCCUUCACCGCCAGAAUCACAGAGGACAACCAGCGGCGUUCUCAGGUGAAGUUGGGUUCGGCAGCAGAUUUCUCUCUAGACAUUAAUGAGACGGACCUCAGCCUGCUGACAGCCAGCAUCAAAGCCCCGUCAGGAAGGGAUGAGCCGUGUCUGCUGAAGAGAAUGCCCAACAACCACAUAGGCAUCUCCUUCAUCCCGCGGGAGGUAGGGGAGCACCUGGUGAGUAUCCUGAAGAACGGGCGCCACGUGGCCAACAGCCCCAUCACCAUCAUGGUGGUCCAGUCUGAGAUCGGGGACGCCAGCCGGGUUAAAGCCUACGGAGACGGUCUGAUGCAGGGACAGACCUUCACCAACGCCAGCUUCGUGGUGGACACCAGAGACGCAGGCUAUGGAGGUCUGGCCUUAUCCAUCGAGGGUCCCAGUAAAGUGGACAUCCGGACGGAGGACAUGGAGGACGGGACAUGUGGCGUGUCCUACUGCCCCACGGAACCAGGAAACUACAUCGUCUCCAUCCGCUUUGCUGAGGAUCACAUACCAGGAAGUCCGUUUACAGUGCGCGUGACAGGAGAGGGGCGUAUCCGAGAGAGCAUCACUCGACGACAGAGGGCGGCGUCCGUCGCCAGCGUGGGCAGUGUGUGUGACCUCAACCUCAAAAUACCAGAGAUGGACAUCAAUGAGGUCAAGGCUGAGGUCACCUCCCCUUCGGGGGCCAAUCAGCCAGCUGAAUUGGUUGCUGUGGGCAACGGCACCUACUGCGUGCGCUUUGUCCCCGCGGAGAUGGGCGUGCACCGCGUGAGCGUGAAGUACAGGGGCGUGCACGUCCCGGGGAGCCCCUUCCAGUUCACGGUGGGGCCGCUGGGAGAGGGAGGGGCCAGCAAGGUCAAAGCGGGAGGGCCAGGACUGGAGAAAGCCCAGGUUGGAGAGCCCGCUGAGUUUAGCAUCUGGACCAGGGAGGCUGGUGCAGGAGGUUUGUCCAUCGCAGUUGAAGGUCCCAGCAGGGCAGAAAUCUCCUUUGAGGACCACAAGGACGGGUCCUGUGGAGUGUCCUACCUCGCACAGGAGCCUGGUGACUAUGAGGUUUCGGUGAAGUUCAAUGACCAGCACAUCCCAGACAGUCCCUACCUCGUCCCCGUGGUCGCCCCAGUUCAUGACGCCCGCCGGCUGACUGUUACCGGCCUUCAGGAAUCAGGUCUGAAGGUGAAUCACCCAGCAUCCUUUGCGGUGCGUCUGAAUGGCGCUCAGGGCAACAUGGAGGCCAAAGUUCACAGCCCCUCCGGAGCCCUGGAGGAAUGUGCCGUCACUGAGCUGGAGAGAGAUAAAUAUGCCAUCCGCUUCAUCCCCCGGGAGAACGGGAUCCACUCCAUCGACGUCACGUUUAACGGCGUUCACAUCCCCGGAAGUCCCUUUAAGGUCCGAGUGGGAGAACCAGGACAGACCGGAGAACCUGGCCUGGUCUCAGCAUACGGAGCCGGACUGGAGAGAGGAACCACAGGCACCCAGUCAGAGUUCAUCAUCAACAACACGAGGGCGGGGCCCGGGGCCCUGGCAGUGACCAUUGAGGGCCCCUCCAAGGUGAAGAUGGACUGCCAGGAGAUCCCAGAGGGUUACAAGGUUCAAUACACACCCAUGGCCCCUGGAAACUACGUGAUCAGCAUCAAAUAUGGAGGACCCAACCACAUCACUGGAAGCCCCUUCAAGGCUAAAGUCAUAGGUCAGCGGCUGGUGAACGUGACCAACGCCAGCGAGACCUCCACCCUGAACGUGGACCCGCUGCUCCGAGCCUCGAGCAGCAGCCUGUCGCAGAGCGCGUCCCCCAGGCCGACCUCCUCCGAUGCCAGUAAGGUGCUCAGUCGAGGCCCAGGCCUAAACAAGGCCUUCGUGGGACAGAGGAGCAGCUUCUCCGUUGACUGCAGCAGAGCCGGUAAGAACAUGCUCCUGGUGGGGGUUCAUGGCCCCCAGGUCCCGUGUGAGGAGGUGCUGGUCAAACACCUGGGGAACAUGCAGUACAACGUCAGCUACAUGCUGAAGGAGCGGGGCAGCUACAUCCUGGCCGUCAAAUGGGGAGAGGACCACAUCCCCGGCUCACCCUUCCACGUCACUGUCCCAUAAUGCACCGCGGCACUGAGACACCGCCACGCCGUUUUGAUUGAAUCCAAUGCUCUGACUGCUGCAAGAAAAUGUCCUCUUGACAAGUUUUUCUUUAAUCUGAUAUCGAGUCAUACGAACCUUCUUUCUCAUCAGGAAAAAAGAGACGUCUGCCUUUUCCCUCAGAAUGUUGUUCAUGUUUCGGGUAACGCAGCGCUGGAAAGCGGUCGGUCGUUUCUUAUCAGGGAAAAAAAGUUUUUCGGACUCGAUACCAGAUUAAACGAAGGGUUGAGACGGACGCUUUCAUUAUUUUACUUUGUAAAGCAAAGUGGUAGAUUUAAACUGUCCUGUGAGAGCCGUGAGGUAAUUUAAGAGGUUGAGAGUUGACUGAUUUCAAAACGACUCCUCUGUUGAUUCUUGCUGCCCGGAAAUGAUUAAACAAGUUGACAGAUUUGCACUUGAGACGAUCGUUUUUGAUACUUGAUUGGUAAAUUGAUGCUCAAAUCAGUUUGUGAGAAUGUCCCGACCACCGCUGAUGUGACAGCUAGAUUUAACGCCCAUCGAACCCGCGAGUACCUCCAAAAUAGUUGUCGCCACUGAUCCGAGUACAGCCUUAAAAACCCAACAUGCUUUAAUCCUUCCAGACCUCCAGAACCGUCAGCUGAUGGGUUGUUUUCGUAAGUGUAGCAUGUUUCUUUACAUCACUAAGUAGUUUACCCAAGUUAAUGUGGAAGUUCGGGGUCACGCUGGUAAACUGGAUGACCACAGCUGGUUAACGUUCACUGUGGUCAGAUAGCACACCACUCUUAGGGGGCUUCUGUGGCUAGUCAGUGUGGCUAGUCAAUGAAUGAAAGCGGCUUAUGAAUUUUCAAAUCUGCUGGCCACUGCUUUGGCCUCCGAGCAAACUGUCUCACGCUGCUGCUGUGUGUCGGACAACACCAGUUAACUGUAGUGCAAACCAGUAAAAUACUGAACGCGAUGGUGUCAGACGGCCGGUCAGCUGAGCUCCCUCAACCUGCACGCCUUUCUUUACUACUGAUGUUGUUGUUGUUGUUGUUGUUUCUUUGUGCCUGCAACUCGUUUUCCAGAAUGCUUCUUACCCGGGAGAUAAAAUCCGUCAAACCGUAUCCGUACAAGUCCAACUAGUGGGGUGGGGGGGGGGGGGAAUAGACCUGACGUUGAUGUAGAAUGAAACACUGACUCCCGUUUGACUCGCUGGUUUAAUAUUUAUUAAAGUCCCCCCAACCCCCACAGAGGAAACUAGCAGGAGGCCAAAUAACCUUGUUUGUGUUUCCAUGGUGUCUGGAGGUUAUGUUUUCAUAUUGCCAAAAGUCCUCAGACUGGCGUUAAAUACUACACCGUCUGUUUGUGUGCCCGGAAUACUUGUGCUGGGGAAGAGGACGAACCUCAAAACUGGUUCGAGAGGUUUUGCGAGUGACGUCCUUUCUGCAGCAGGUGCUCAGAAACCCAGACACUGUUAGAGACCAAGACUUCCACAUUCCUCGUCUUAGUUAUUGGUUUCCGUCCCUACGGGAAGUGCAAAAACCUUUAUGGUCAAGUGGCCAAAAUCACAUCUGUGCUGCAAAAUUAAAAUCAGGUCUCGUGCUCGUGUGUGUAAACUGAGUCAUGACUAUUCCUGGAGGCGUGUUGUGUGUGCGCGCAUGUGUGCAGACGCCUUGUCGUAAAUUGGAGGUUGUGUACUAAAUCUGAUAGUUUUGGGAUGAACGCAGUGUGGGAGAUGGGAUGGGGAGGACGUCUUCUGCCAUGUUGUUUUGGGGAAAGGGUGUGACGUGAAAAACACUCAGACGAUGUACGUUUGCUCAUUAAAUCCAGCUGGAAUAAAGAUGUGCAUUUAUAGUUCGCUUGUGUUGUUUCUUUUCAAAACCCCUGACAACUUUAUGGUUUAAUAAUACCUAAUAACUUUCUGCCAGCACGGCGGCGCAGUGGUUGGCGCCGUCGCCUCACAGCAAG